UCUUCAGGUUGCCAGAUGGGAAUGUUACACACUUUGGACUUGGAGAAUUUCAAGUCCUACAAGGGUAAACAGGUCAUUGGUCCUUUCAAAAGAUUCACAGCCAUCAUCGGACCAAAUGGUUCAGGCAAGUCAAAUCUUAUGGAUGCCAUCAGUUUUGUUCUUGGAGAGAAAGCCACAAGUUUGCGUGUGAAAAAAUUAGGUGACCUCAUUCAUGGAGCACCCGUAGGAAAACCUGUAUCAAAUCGUUGUUCUGUUACCCUCAAUUACAAAGAAGAUGAUGGUCGAAUGCGAUCUUUCACUCGCUCUGUUACUAAUGCUGGAUCCGAAUUUCGUGUAGAUGGAAAGGUAGUCACUGUCCAACAGUAUAACCAUGAAAUGGAAUCGAUUCAAAUUUUCAUCAAAGCGAAGAAUUUCCUGGUUUAUCAGGGUCAAAUCAUGUCAAUUGCUAUGAAAAAUCCUAAGGAACGCACUGCUCUUUUCGAAGAGAUUUCUAGGUCUUGUGAACUACAGGCAGAGUACGAUAGACUGAAAGUUGAACUACAAAAGGCAGAAGAUGAUGCUCAGCAAAAUAUGAAUAAGCGUCGAGGCAUUGCGCAAGAAAAGCGAGAGGCAAAACUUGAAAGAGACGAGGCUGAAAAGUACCAACAUCUAAAGGAUGAUUUGGCUGCCAAACAACGACUCCUUUAUCUUCUGGAACUGUUUUAUUGCGAACGACAUGGGAAGGAAGCUCAAGACUCUUUGGCCCAGAAGAAGGAGCAGGUUGCAGAACUAGAAGCUAAGAAGAGCGAAUGCGAUGAGUUGGUAAAUGAGAAGCAAAAACUGGUCAAAAAAGUGCAGCGCGAUACGCACAAACUGGAAAAGGAGAUUAGCGACAAGGAGAGAGAGAUAGCCAAGCAGCGUCCUCUCUAUGUGCAGGUGAAACAAGAAGUUUUGCACGUUAAUACAAAGUUAGAAACCAGUAAGAAAACUCUAAAUGCAGCACAGAAACUUGCAGAGAGGAAUAAUGAGCAAGUGCAAGUGCUAGAAAAUAGUGCAAAAGACUUGGAAAAGAAGAAAGCAGAUUGUGAGGCAGAACUUGAGUCACAAAGUCAGGAACUUGAUUUGCAUCUGAACGAGCAACAGAUAAAUGAGUAUAUGCUGUUGAAACGUGAAGUGGUCAAAAAGUCCGGUCUCAUCGAUAUGCAGCUGAGCUCGAAAAGGCAAGAGCAGGAAACCGACAAAAGUUCGAAAGUCAACGAAGAGCGUCGUAUGAAGACCUGGCAAGAGAAGAUCAAGAAUAAGAAACAAGAAAUAGAACGCUUGAAGAAACAGAUCGACUAUUUGGCCGAAAAUGCGGAGCAACAGAAAGUUGUGCUUUCUGAAGAGAAAGCCAACUUGAUCACGAUGGAGAAGCAAGUCAAGGAAAGCAAGGAAAAGCUAGAAAAAGUGUCGGCCGAAUUGAAUGAGGUAAACAAACAGCUCUCCGAUGCCUCAGGAGACUCCGCUGAGUCCGAAAGAGUACGAAGACGCAACGAAGCCAUUGAAAAUCUGAAACGAGUGUUUCCUGACAAGAUUCAUGGACGCCUUGUCGAUCUCUGCCAGCCAAGUCACAAACGUUUUCAUUUAGCUGUAACGAAAGUGCUUCAGAAAAACAUGAUGAGCAUUGUUUGUGAUUGUGAGGAUACUGCUAGGGAUGCCAUCUUGUACUUGAAGGAGCAACGAUAUCCUCCAGAAACUUUUCUUCCUCAUCAAGGACUAGAUGUUCAUCCAAUUAAUGAAAAGUUGCGCGAGCUGACUUAUCCCAAAGGAGUAAAGUUGGUCUAUGAUGUGAUACAGUGUAACCAUCCAGCUGCUAGAAAAGCUCUGCAGUUUGCUUGUGGAAACGCCCUUAUUUGCGAAACAGCUGAGGAUGCAAGAACUCUGGCUUACGGAGGCGCUGGUGGUGAUAGGUACAAAGCCGUAGCUCUGGAUGGAACUAUGUUCCAGCAAAGUGGUGUCAUUGGCGGCGGUAGUCAUGAAUUGAAAAUGCGGGCCAAGAAAUGGGACGAGAAUGCGUUGAGACAACUACGCGAAAAGCGAGCGCAGUUAUUGGAUGAAAGCAAUACGCUACAUAGAACAAGAAGAAAGGAACUUGAUGUGGAAAUGCAAAGAAAUAAGCUUACAUCGGUUGAAUACCGCCUGAAAAAUAUGCAACUGGAGAAGACUAAAUGUGAAACAGAUGUGCUAAAUAAGCUAACAAUCGAACUGGAAUCGUUGGAAUCUGAACUCAGUGUGAUACCGCCGAAGAUCGAAGAAAUCGAAGAAAGGAUGGCAGAAAGGGAAAGCGAGCUCAAAAAGCUUGAGCAGAAAAGUCAUGCGGUUGCGGAUGAGGUGUUUGGUACAUUUUGCAAAAAAGUUGGAAUCAAUAACAUCCGCGAGUAUGAGGAAAGGGAAAUGAGAUUCCACCAAGAAAGGGCAGACCGAUUGCGUGAAUUCGACAACGAGCUGGAUAGAGUUCGCAACGAAAUCGAAUACCUUCGUUCAGAAGACAAAAACAAGAAAGUCAGACAAGAGACAGAAAAGGUGAAACUUCUUGAAAAAGAAUUGGAAGGGUUGAAGAAGAAGGAAUCCAAAGAGGGAAAAGUACUCACUCGACUUGAGAAAGACAUGGAAGAUAUGAAGAUUGCCGCCAUGGAGAAGAAAACGGAACAGGAGGCUUUCGAGGGAGAACUAGCAGCAGCGAAGAAGGACGCGCAGGCUGCACAGCGAGAUGUUACGAGUGCCGAGAAGGCUGUCCUAGCUUUAGAAAGUGCAGUCGGUAGGAAGCAUGCAGAUAGGCAUGGUCUACUGAAAGCCGCUAAAAUCAAUCAGAUUCAAAUUCCUCUUGUCUCUGGCAGUCUAGCGGAUGUCGAUGCCGAGGAAGAUGAAGAAAUGGAUGGUUCUCAGCCAUCGAAUUCUAACAAUCUCUCUCAAGAGCAGAUUGAAAGGGAGUCGAAGAUCAAGCUGAACUAUCGUCAGUUACCGGAAAAUCUCAAGGAUCUCAAAGACGAAGAGGAGGUAAAGAAACAUGUGGAGAGAAUGAAUAAAGAGAUAAGCGACGCUCAAGCAACUUUGUCUCGAUUGAACGCCCCAAAUCUGAAAGCGAGUCAAAGGAUGGAAGAAGUGAAAGAGCGGGAAGCGGAAACUACUGAGGAGUGCGAAAUGGCGCGAAAGAAGGCACGAAAAAUCCGUGGUUACUUCGAAAAAGUGAAAACGGAGCGUUAUCGCAAAUUCCAAGAAUGCUUCGAGCCCGUCAGUCAAAAGAUAGACGAGAUAUACAAGGCUCUUUCGCGAAAUGCUAGUGCUCAAGCAUUCUUAGGAGCUGAUAACAUGGAAGAACCGUACUUGGAAGGUAUCCAGUACAACUGUGUUGCGCCUGGAAAACGAUUCCGACCUAUGGAUAAUCUUUCUGGUGGUGAAAAGACAGUAGCCGCAUUAGCUCUGCUGUUUGCAAUGCAUGCACGCAACCCGUCACCAUUCUUCGUUCUGGAUGAGAUCGAUGCCGCCCUUGACAAUACUAAUAUCGGAAAGGUAUCGUCGUAUAUCUGUGACUCAGCGCGAAGUGAUAUGCAGAUCAUCAUCAUCUCUUUGAAGGAGGAGUUCUAUAAUAAGGCUGAUGCUCUUAUUGGGAUCUAUCCGGAAGCUGCUGCCUGUUCUACCUCCGGUGUGCUCACAUUUGAUCUUACCCCGUAUAAGCAAACUGUGAUGAAUGAGACUAAUGCUUCCAUCAUGGAAUCUACUGUUGUAUCCAUAAGGGAAUAACCCUGAUUUGGCAUUUUCAACGAUCUCAGAGUACCUACACAACUUCUCAUUUGGAAUUUUCUGAAUUUUUUACUAUUUCGAACUUGUAUGUAGUAGCAGCGUCUUUGUAUGUAUCUCGGUGCGUAAGCUAUUCGCAAUGGG